AUGUCGCUGUUCAUGCCCGUGAUACUAAUACUGGGUAGUACCAUGUACUCAGAAUCGUCUUUUCCACCGGCUAAGUCGAUUUCCAAUCGCUUAGUUGAGAAGCUGUUGCUAAGCUACAAUCCUGUAUUGAGACCGGUAUUGAAUGAAACACAUGUGACUAAACUGGAAAUGUUAAUAUUAAUAUCACAAAUAUUGGACAUGGUAGGUGGUAAUAUUGCGAGUAAUGCAGGUCGAUUAAGAGACUACGUCUGGAAAGAUGAACUUCUCACUUGGGAACCUCAUAAAUUCGGCGGACUGGAAUAUAUUAAGAUACCAUCUGAGUUGAUAUGGUUACCAGAAGUCAUACUAUAUAACAAUGCCGAUGACUUGUAUCGUACAUUCUUAGACAACCGAAUUGUCAAAGUGGAUUACAACGGCUCCGUUUUGUGGGCAUCACCAGUUAUAUUUCAUUCGACGUGUCACGUACAUGUCAAAUAUUUCCCGUUCGACCAUCAACUAUGUGAAUUAAAGUUUGGUCCUUGGCAGUACAAUGGCAAUGAAUUAAUUAUACAUGGGCUGGGUGACAGUAGUAUAUUCACCAGCGAUGGUGAAUGGGAUAUGAUAUCACUGUCAUCAACAAAUAACGUAAUGGUUUACCCGGAUGAGCCAGGUGUGCCAUACACUGACGUCACCUAUGGUAUACUGUUAAGUCGCCGGGCAGUAUUUCACGUGAUAAACCUGCUAUUGCCCUGUGGAUUACUCACAGCCUCCACGGCCCUUGUCUUUUUUCUGCCCGUGGAAUCCGGUGAAAAGAUCAGUUUUGGAAUCACAAUUUUGCUGUCGUUGACGGUAUUUCUCUUACUCCUAGCUGAACUCAUGCCCCCAUCGAGCGUCAUACCCAUUGUGGGUCAAUUCUAUGCUGUGUCCAUGGUUCUAGUCUCACUCUCAGUUGGAGUGUCCGCAGCUGUGGUCAACAUUCAUCACUGUGGACAGCAGAGGUCACGGGUGCCAUGUUGGGUCAAGAAGUGGAUUAUACACAAGCUUGGAAGACUGAUAGGAAUACGGAUAAAACGUAAAUGCAAACGUGAUUACACGGUGUAUGCCCGUAAUAAGAACAUAAAGCGGUCGCCAAAUGCUAAAACAAACGAUUCUUCACAAAGUCCGUUGUUGCCCCGUGAUCGUGAUGAUAAGGAAAAUGGCGCAAUUCUAAACGAAAUCGAAUCAUGCGGCAGAGUAUUGCACAGGGAUGUGUUGAAAAUAAGACAAUAUUUCGACCAUCUGAAACACGAAGAAGACGUAAGAAAAGAAUGGCGACUUGUUGCCAUGGUAGUGGAUCGUUUAUGUAUGAUUGGGUACGUGGUGUGCAUUGUUGGGUGUACAGUCACCAUAAUAAUUCACAUCCAGUAUGAUACGUGA